UCAUUCAAUAACAUUUGUUUCUGAUAGGUUUAUAAAAUUGAUAUGUUUGUUGGGUACCAAAUUUUAUGUGUGAAUUGUAGUGAAAAAUGUUUGUUUAAGCCACCGAAAUUGUUGUUUUAUUUGUCCAGUGUAACAUCAAAAUGUCGCAAGCAAGGGAAACAUUAGAGGUUCGAAGGUGCGGUAACUGCAAACGCGGUGGUGGGUUUACUAAAGUAUGUAGCCCCUUGAGUUAUAAUACAAAUGAACGGGCUAAGAAAUUAAUUGGAUCCAAUCCAUUUAUAUAUACUGAUGUCGUGAAAAAUAAAUGCAUACGAGUGACCAGCCCCUGUAUAAAAAAGAAAAAGAAAUGGCCAAUGAUGCGAGGAAAUAGCAGUCAGACCAGCGAUAUAAUAUCCAAAGAUAAGACGACACAAUUUCCAGACGACCUAAUACAUAAUAUUCAAAACAUCGAGGUGGUUGAAUACGAGGUCACCAAGGAAACUGGUGAGAAAGAAGUGAUAGUCACAAAAACAGAAUCGCUUACCAAAUUUAUAAGCUCUAAAAAUAAUGAAAAUAAAGACUUGCAAAAAACGGAAUCAAUUACCAAAUUUGAUGGUACUGGUAAACAAAUAAGUAAAGAACUGAUAACCCUUUAUGAACCAAAUCCGAGCUUCAACAAAUCGGCAGAAAAAAUGGAGUCCACAAACAAAAAUUAUGGUUCAUCGGAGAACGCGCAAAAUCUGAAACCACAUUUAGAGAGCCUGGUAGGGAAAUAACUAAAAGAAAUCGUAAUGCUACGCUAACAACAUUUGGAGAUACAGAAAGAAAACCAAAAGUUUCGCUGACAGGCCCAGUUGUUCAAAAAACAGUUGAAGCACGAAAAGGCGGCUCAAACAUAAGACCCGGAAAAUCUAUAGAUAGUGUGAGAUCUAUAAUACUUAGAAAUCUCAAUAAAAAUAUACACAGAAGUGGAGGGGGAAAAAUUGAGAGUUCUAUCAUUGCGGCUCAAAAUAAGUUUUCAGUAAAAGAUAAUAUAAUGCCGAAGUUUAAAUGUUGUCGAAGGCCUCCAACUAAACGUAAGAGUAUACAGUCCAGUCAAGUAGAAGUACUCGAAACAAUCACUCCAUUGGUACCGCCAUCGUAUGCAUGUUUGACAGGUGACCAACACAAAAGGGCUCAGCGAAAAAUAUCAUCAAAUGUCAGAGCCGGUCCAGUUUGCAAUGAUCGAUCGAAUCUAGGCCCAGCGAAGAGUAGAAAUUCGGCAAGAGACACUGCCCACGUCAAUUCCAGUAAAAACAUAUCUAUCAAACAAUUAGUGAGGAAGGCUCUACAUCUAGAGCCCGCUAAAGGUAACAAUGAUCCUUUGACUAACUAUCGAAAAGAAAGAAAAACUUCAGGAAAUUCACCUCUAGAAGGCACUGACAUUUCAGCUACCAAUCAGUCGAGGAAGAGGUCUUCAGAAAAUGCACCUACUCCUAUUGCGUCCGGUCGGACUUCCAAUAAUGAUCCACUAACUGAACAAUCUAAGAGGGGGACUGCAGAAAAUAUAGCUGCAAAUAUGGAAUCAAGUUACACUUCGUUAACCGAAGGAACAAAAAGGCGUUCGUCAGAUAGAUCCCCUCCAAAAGUCGAGUCCCAUGUUGCUUCCGAUGAGAAUUCAAGACGAGUCAGUUCGGAGAGCAAGAGAGCUUCAAGAAAUUCACAACAGACCACUGUUGCUUCCAAUGAGAGUCCAAGAGCCAGUACGGAGAGCAAGAGAGCUUCAAGAAAUUCACAACAGACCACUGUUGCUUCCAAUGAGAGUCCAAGAGCCAGUACGGAGAGCAAGAGAUCUUCAAGAAAUUCACAACAAGCCAAUGUUGCUUCCGAUGAGAAUGCAAGAGUCGGUACAGAGAGCAAGAGAUCUUCGAGUAAUUCACAAACAAAAGCCGAGCUGAGUCGAUCUCAAACUGGCAGUCCUAGAACCGAUGUAUCUAAACAGGGGACUGCACCUAAUACGGCUGAAAAUAUCGCGUCUAGCAACAAUACCUUAAUCGUGAAUGUCGAAUCCCAAGUUGUUUCCGAUGAGAAUUCAAAAAUUGACAAAGAGAUCAAGAGAACUUCAGUAAAUUCACCUCGAAAAAGCGAGCCUACCGAUAUUCCCAAUGACCUUGCUGCUGGGACUGCAAGCAAUAAUGUAGAAGACCAACAAAGAUCUUCAAAAAGCAGCAGCCAAAGAAACUCUAAAGAUAUGGCUGAAGCUCAACAGAAUGAUACAGCUGAUCCUGCCCCAGCAGUAAUAAAAACGCGUGUUUAUACAGAAAUUAAGGAGGUUACCAACGAUGAGGCGGGGAAUGUAUUACAAACGGUGUAUAAGGUUGAAUCUGAAUCUGAGACUGAGAUCAUCCAUAAAGAGGAACCAAAUGAGGAGCCAGAAGAGGAACCAGAAGAGGAACCAGAAGAGGAACCAGAAGAGAAACCAAAACCGAAAUUAAUAAAACCAACCCCCAAUAAAUGUAACAAUUGCUGUAGGUGCUCUAAUUCCUGUGGCUGCCGAUGCCCCUGUUACUAUCCAAUUUGCUGUAUGCAUGUUUGCAAUAACUGCAUGAACUAUCCAGUAAGACCGAAAUGCAAUGGAGCCUGCUGUUCUCGCAACUGUGGUGCCCCAUCGAACUGCUGCCAUUCUCGAAAUCAUUGAAGACUUCUCUGAAUUCCAAGCAUUAACUAUAGUCCGUAUUUAAAUAGCCUAAGCACACACAAACUAAUAAAUAUAAUGCCCAACAACAA